UAAUGCUCGCUUAAUUAAUAAAUUUUCCCAAGACUAUUCUAUGCAGUACUUGAAAACCAAGCACCAAUUCCUUGAUUUCUGCGGUUCAAUCUCUACUCUACUGUAUUACAAAGAGGAGAAGGUUUUUAACAUUAAUCUUCUCCUACCAAUAUAAAUGAGAUCUUCACUCACUUCUUCACCAAUCCCUCAAUUCUUUAUUCGUUCUUUUAUAAAUCCUAAAUCCCUCUGUUCACAACCUCAAUUUCCUAAUGAACCACAAUCCUCGUUAUACCAGAAUUCCUAUCCAAAUUUCAGUUAUGCAGAGAAAAACAGCCAAGAUUCGAACUUUUCGGAAAACCUGAUUUUUCUGAAAUCCAGACAGGUCGAAUUGACCAAACCCGCAUCGCAAGAUUCAGUCUUGGCACGAACCAAUGUGAUAGAUACUCUUUUAAGUUACAAAAGAGACCCAUAUUCAGCCUUGACUUACUUCAAACAGUUGGAGUGCACUCGUGGGUUUGUUAGAAGCCUUGAUUCUUUAUGUGUUUUGCUUCACAUUUUAACAAGGUCAUCGGAAACUCUUAAACAAGCACAGAAUCUGCUUAAUCGAUUCAUUUCUGGUGAUUCUGGUCCUAUGCCUAAUAUUCUGGUAGAUCACUUCAUUGGGAGUACAAAAAGGUUUGAUUUUGAUUCGGAUAUUCGAAUUUAUAAUUACUUGUUGAAUAGUUAUAUUAAAGCUAACAAGUUGAAUGAUGCUAUCGGUUGUUUUAAUAGAUUGGUUGAGAGUGAUAUUGUUCCUUGGAUUAAAUUUCUUAAUUUCCUUUUGACUGCAUUAGUUAAGAAUGAUAUGAUUUAUGAAGCGCGAGAAGUUUAUGAGAAGAUGGUUUUGAAAGGGGUCCAUGGCGAUUGCUUUACAGUUCAUAUUAUGAUGCGUGCUAACUUAAAAGAUAACAAUGAGGAGGAGGCAAAGAAAUUCUUUCUAGAGGCAAAGAGUAGAGGGGUGAAACUUGAUGCUGCAGCUUAUAGCAUUGUUAUUCAGGCCUUCUGCAAGAAUCUUGAUGUUGAGUUAGCUUGUGGGCUGUUGAAGGACAUGAGAGAUAAAGGGUGGGUUCCGUCUGAGGGUACCUUUACUAGUGUUAUAGGGGCUUGUGUAAAGCAAGGGAAUAUGGUGGAAGCAUUGAGGCUUAAAGAUGAGAUGGUGAGUUGUGGGGUGCAAAUGAAUGUGGUGGUAGCAACAACUUUGGUGAAGGGGUACUGCAAGCAAGAUAAACUGGUUAGUGCUUUGGAAUUUUUUGAUAAAAUGAAUGAGAACGGACCCAGUCCUAACAGGGUUACUUAUGCAGUUCUGAUCGAAUGGUGUUGUAAGAAUGGGAAUAUGGCUAAAGCAUACGAUCUUUACACACAAAUGAAAAACAAGAACAUUUGCCCUACUGUUUUCAUUGUGAAUUCCUUGAUACGGGGAUUCCUGAAAGUGGAGUCCCGUGAGGAGGCAUCCAAAUUAUUUGAUGAGGCAGUUGCUUGUGACAUUGCCAACAUUUUCACUUAUAACUCUCUCUUAUCAUGGCUCUGUAAGGAGGGCAAGAUGAGUGAAGCGACCACUUUAUGGCAAAAGAUGUUAGACAAAGGUCUGGCACCUACUAAAGUAUCUUACAAUAGCAUGAUACUUGGCCACUGCAGACAAGGCAACUUGGAUAUGGCAGCUAGUGUAUUUUCAGAUAUGCUUGAUUGCGGUUUAAAACCUAAUGUGAUCACAUAUUCUAUUUUGAUGGAUGGAUAUUUCAAAAACGGGGACACUGAAUAUGGUUUUUAUGUAUUUGACAGAAUGGUGGAUGAGAAUAUUGUUCCAUCAGAUUUCACUUACAAUAUUAAGAUUAAUGGUUUGUGCAAAGUUGGUCGCACUUCUGAGGCACAAGACAUGCUGAAGAAGUUCGUUGAGAAGGGUUUUGUUCCUGUCUGCCUAACAUACAACAGCAUAAUGGAUGGAUUUAUAAAGGAAGGCUCAGUCAGUUCUGCUUUAACUGCUUAUAGAGAGAUGUGUGAAAGCGGAGUUUCUCCAAAUGUAAUCACAUAUACUACCUUGAUUAAUGGGUUCUGCAAAAAUAAUAAUACCGAUCUUGCUUUGAAGAUGCGGAACGAGAUGAGAAACAAGGGUCUUGAACUGGAUAUUACUGCAUAUGGUGCUCUAAUUGAUGGAUUUUGCAAAAAACAAGAUAUAGAAACUGCAAGUUGGCUUUUCUCUGAACUUCUUGAUGGUGGGUUAUCUCCAAAUUCAGUAAUUUACAAUAGCCUGAUAAGUGGCUAUAGGAAUCUUAACAACAUGGAGGCAGCACUCAACUUGCAGAAGAGAAUGUUAGGUGAGGGGAUUUCUUGUGAUUUGCAAACAUACACUACACUGAUAGAUGGAUUGCUAAAAGAGGGCAGAUUAGUCCUUGCUCUGGAUCUUUAUUCAGAGAUGUCUGCCAAGGGUAUCAUACCUGAUAUAAUAAUUUAUACUGUUUUAAUAAAUGGUCUUUGUGGUAAAGGACAGCUAGAAAAUGCGCAGAAAAUAUUAGCAGAGAUGGAAAGGGAUAGUAUAACACCCAAUGUUCCUAUUUAUAACGCACUGAUUGCUGGGCACUUCAAAGCUGGCAAUCUGCAGGAGGCCUUUAGACUGCAUAAUGAAAUGCUUGACAAAGGUCUUACUCCAAAUGACACUACUUAUGAUAUUCUUAUAAAUGGAAAAAUCAAAGGUGGGAACUCUGGUUCUGGAGUUUCACAUGUUUGAAUAGCAAGUUGAGCUUCCUUUCAGGAGUCUUGUACUGUAGGUUUUUCCCUCCAAGAUAUGGAAUACAUCAUGAACAGUGACAUUCUUCACUUCACAAAUAUUACCAUCUGCUGCAGUCAAAUUUCUUUUGAAUUUGCGUAUUCUUUAUUUGCUAGAAUGAGUGCCCUCUCCGAUUCCCUUGAAGCAGAAUGAAGAAUUUCAUGAACUACUUCGAAUCUUAUGCACAUUUGCGCACUUUUGUAGCGCUGAAGUCAUUGCUGAGCUUGAAGUUCAAAGAUGGAAAAGGGAUGAAAAGGAUCAACGAGCAAGAUUCGAUCAAGAAAGUGAUAGAGAAGGCUGUUAAUAAAUAUCUUCGGCCUGAAGCACAAAAAAUGAUAGAAAAGGAAGAAGCUAUUCAAGAUCAUCGGCCUCUUGAACAUUUCCAUACACUAUUUACUGCCACAAGAUGGUGGAGAAUAGCAUAGGGAAAACAAAGUCAAAUAUUGGGGCUCAUAUCAUUCUGCCAAGGAGCUGAAGAGCAUGGGAAUCCACUUCCAGCCAAAGCAAGAUACUAGUUCCAUUGAUAUAAAAAUUAAGAGCAACAUCCUUACAGGAGUCCUCAGGCUUACUCUAAGUUGGGCAGCGACCAAUUAUCUGUUUCUGAACUUGGUGGCUGGUUUAAGGAGCUUGGCCUGGCAUACCUAAUGGUGCAGAGAUUACUUCUUAUAUUAGAGAAACACAAUGAAUAGAUGGAUAGCUGAGUGGUUGCUUAUUCACCUCAGUAGCUCUUGGACAGUUUUGGCAUUUGCUGCUGCAAGUUUUGCCCCGAUUCUUACUGCAAUUCAAACUUGUGUGUCAGUUAUCCCACCUAAAAAAAUUGACUCGCAAGCCAUGAGAGUAGGUCGUGCAAUGGCAUAUCUGAGAUAUAAGGCUUUGUGUCUUUAUGUAUUGGGUUUGAAGUUGUAUGUCCAAUAAACAAUUAUGAAAUGAGUAGUUUGCUCUA